AUGGUGUUAAGGAGAGCUUGGGGUAACAAUGGAUCACUGAACCAAACUGUUAUAGGCUUGCUGAAUAAUAGUAGAAUGGCCUUUCAGAUCUGGAGUAAGAUGAAGAAACAGAGGAAUGGGAAAGAGGUGGAAGAAAAAACAAAGCUUUUACAGAGGUUACAGGCUGAGGAAAGCAAUGAAAACGUGGAGGAAAUAAGGAAAAUAACUACAGAACUGCAUUCUUUGUUAGAAAAUGAGGAUCUCUGGUGGAAACAAAGGGCUAAAACAGAUUGGUACAAGCAUGGAGAUAGAAAUACAAAGUAUUUCAAUGCUUGUGCUAAUCAAAGAAGAAAAAGAAACUUUAUUAAAGAAGUGGAGGAUGAGAGUAACAACAUGGCUUGUGGAUACAUUCAGGUGGAAGAAAUUUUUAGGAAGUAUUUUGGCAAUGUUUUUCAAUCUACACAGCCAAGUAAGGUUGAGAUUGAAUCUUGUCUGGUGGGUAUGGAUAGAAGGGUUACUGAGAGGAUGAAUGAGAGGCUGUCAAGAAGAUUCACAGCAAUAGAAGUGGAGCAAGCAGUGAAACAGAUGGCACCAUUGAAAGCACCAAGCCCAGAUGGUUUUGGACCAUGCUUCUAUCAAAAUCACUGGGGUAUAGUGUCAGAAGAAGUAAUCAAAGCAGCCUUGGCAAUCCUGAAUGGUAGUCCUUUGGAUCAUAACCUCAAUUAUACCUAUCUAGCCUUGAUCCCAAAGACAAAGUCCCCUAGAAAAGUGACAGAGUACAGACCCAUCAGUCUGUGCAAUGUCUUGUACAAGAUAGUCUCUAAAACCAUCACAAACAGGACAAAAAUUGAAGAAUGGAGGAGAAUUCAAGGGGCUUCGCAAGUAUAUGAAAAGGCAUCGGGGCAAUUUCUUAAUAAAGAAAAAACUGCUGUCUUUUUUAGCAGAAACUCUUAUCAAGCUAUAAAGGAAGUUGGCCAGAAUUUUGUUUGUGGUACAUAUGAAAAAUACUUGGGUCUUCCUGCUAUUGUAGGAAGGUCUAAGUUUAACACUUUUAGAAGUUUAAAGGAGAGGAUUUUGCAGAAAAUAGUUAGUUGGGAAAAUAAGUUUCUAUCCCAAGUUGGGAAAGAAGUCCUUAUUAAAGCUGUUUUACAAUCCAUCCCAACUUAUACCAUGGGGGUUUUUAAACUCCCAAGCAGACUGUGCAAGGAUAUUAAUGGGAUGUUUUCUAAGUUCUGGUGGGGAAAACAACAGGAGGGAAGAGAGAUGAUAUGGAGGAAGUGGGAAAGGCUGAGUGUGCAGAUAGGAAAAUGGGGCAUGGGCUUUAGGGAUUUGGAAAGCUUUAACACAGCUCUUCUUGCUAAACAAGGGUGGAGGAUUCUCAAGUAUCCCCUUAAUCUAGUAGCAAUAAUAUUCAGAGAGAAAUAUUUCAAAAAAGAGAGCUUUAUGGAGGCAAAGUUGGGAUCACAACCAUUCCUAAUAUGGAGAAUCAUAUGGUCAGCUAGAAACCUUUUGAAAGAAGGGCUGAGGUGGAGAGUAGGGGAUGAAAUAUGGGGGUCGAAGUGGGUGCCAAGUCCUAUCUCUUAUGCUGUUCAAUCUCCGGUGAAGUUACUGAAAGAAGAUGCUAAAGUUGAGGAGCUGAUUAAUUUAAGGGAAAGGAAUCAAGGAGAAAGUUCAGCAGAAGAGAGGAAGGAUGACAGGUGGAACCGAAUUUGGGAGCUGAAGGUACCAGGAGUGACAAAACUGUUCAUAUGUGGAGAGCUACAAAUAAUUUGUUACCCACAGAAGAAAACCUGUAUAAGAGGAAGGUGA